CGUCGUCAUCAUUUUUGUGCUCCUGCAACGUACGACGAAAAUAUGGCUUAUCGGGAUCGUAAACUGGCGGCACCUAAAGUAGCGAACGCGUGGCGUUUGCCAACGCCGCCACCUCAGCCGGGCGGCCAACGGAAACCGGGAACGAGCAACGCACGCACCGAGGAUCGCAUGGCCGGCUCGAAAAUACCGCAACCGAAGACACCAUCCUCUACGGCGGCUGCUACGACGACCACGGCCAUGAAGAAGAGUGCCCAGGAGAAGUUUAACCAGGUCCAGCGGCAGCACGUGGAAAAGGCACGCCAGUACGCGACGGAGUACGUAUCGAGCGAGGAGGAAGAGGACGAUGCUGAUGCCGGGAACACGCGGCUUGACGGUAUCGGCCGGAACGAUGGAUCGUCUACACAGAAUAUUCUCGGCUCGGUGCUCAAGAACUACAACGGCGCUCCCUCGGAUAUGGGCAAAACGCAGGAAUAUUUGCAAAACUUGCUCGAAUCACGCAACGCCGUGUGUCUGAUCUGCAUCGGGACGGUUAAGCGUGCGGACAAGAUAUGGUCUUGCCAAUCGUGCUACACAUUCUUCCAUCUGCUGUGCAUCCAACGGUGGGCCAACGAUCGCAUCUCGAUGAAGCGCAUGCACCACGAGGAGCAGGAAGGCUACUACAACAAUCGAGGCGAGUACAUCCCGAAGCCGGUUCUUUCGGUGCACUGGGACUGCCCGAAAUGUCGCCAAGAGUACGAACCGGUGGACAUACCGCGGCACUACGAGUGUUUCUGUGGAAAGGAACAGGAUCCGGCGCAACACCCUUGGCUAAUACCGCACUCGUGUGGUGAACCGUGUGGUAAGCAGCUAAAGCCGACUUGUGGUCAUCACUGCCGAUUGUUGUGUCACCCGGGACCAUGUCCACCGUGCCCACAGACGAUCAGUGUGUCGUGUCGAUGCGCGAAAUCGGCCGCGAAAACGAUCCGCUGUUCACAGGGCUCUUGGACCUGUACGGUGAAGUGCACCCGGAAACUGGACUGUGGUAUACACGAGUGCACGGAAAGGUGCCACCCAACCGGUGAGUGCCCACCGUGCCGGAACCGUAGCAAACAACCGUGUCUCUGUGGGGCCCAAAGCAAGGAGGUGAACUGUUUUGAGUCCCGGUGGCAGUGUGAGAAGGUUUGCAACCGGCCGUACGCCUGUUCGCUGCACAAGUGUGAACUCCGGUGUCACGCUGGUCCGUGUGGGGAAUGCCCACUCGGUAAGCCACGAUCGUGUCCCUGCGGUCGAACGCAAACACGGGCUGCCUGCUCGGAACGUAUUGGCACCUGUGGCGAUACUUGCCAGAAGAUGUUGGCUUGCGGUGUUCACCAGUGUAUGGAGCGAUGUCACGAGGGUGAGUGUGGUAGUUGUCUUGUGUUGGUACAGAAAACGUGCCGCUGUGGCCAGACGAGCCGAGAGAUACCGUGCUCCAAAGAGGCCACCUGCGAAACGAAGUGCAAGAAGGUGCGCCGUUGUGGUCGGCAUCCCUGUAAUCGUAAGUGUUGCGAUGGUCAGUGUCCGGAUUGCGAUAAGGUUUGUGGCAAAACGCUUUCGUGCGGACGGCACAAGUGUUCCUCCUGCUGCCAUCAGGGAGCUUGUUAUCCGUGCAAUCAAAAAUCCACCGUCAAGUGUCGAUGCGGCGGAACGUCGACGGAGGUAGCGUGCGGUCGGGAGAAGAAAGCACAUGCACCCAAGUGCACUCUGCCCUGCCGCCAGCCCGCCAAAUGUCACCAUCAUAAUCCACAUGCGUGCCACGCCGGAGAAUGUCCACCGUGUGUGCAACCGUGCGGUGAACAGAACGAUACGACUAACUGUGAACAUCCGUGUGAAGCCAAGUGUCACGAUGCGGUCACGGUGGUAACAAAGGAUAAGCACUUCAAACCCGUCGGUCCGUGGGAUGUACCGCGGGAGACGGUGGAAGUGAAGCGUCUGCCGCAUCCGGUUUGCGAGGUGAAGGUACCGGUCAUGUGUCUGGGUGGUCACGAAACGUCCGAGUGGCCCUGCUACAACUCGAAACCGGCUUCCUGUGGCAGGCCAUGCGGGCGUCUGCUGAAGUGCGGGCUGCACCGCUGUCCUCUGCAGUGCCAUAAGGUUACGCAUCGGGCCAGCACAACGCAAGACUCGCGCUGUGAACCGUGUGCGGCCGGUUGUGUCGUUCCUCGGCCGGCAGGCUGCGUACAUCCGUGUAAGCGCCGUUGCCAUCAGAACCCCUGCGAACCGUGCAUGGUUUCGAUCAAGGAUAAGUGCUACUGUGGCCUGACACAGGUGUUUUAUACCUGCAACGACCUCUACCCACCGGUUGAGGGAGGAACGGAUGAGUUGCAAGGACGACGUAAUGCCGUGCUGAGUUGUGGCCAGAAGUGUAUCAAAAAUCUUUCCUGUGGGCAUCGUUGCACAUCCGUCUGCCAUCCGGGAGCGUGCCCGAAUCCGGAGCUCUGUACAAAGAAGGUGAAAGUAACGUGCCCCUGUAACCAUCGCAAGGCAGAACUCCCAUGCAAUGUGGCGAAGGAGAGCGGUGGUGCACUCGAGUGUGAUGAUGGGUGCGAAGCCAUCCGUAUCCAGCGGCAACAGGAAGAGCAGGCCAAGGAGGACGAGCGUCGGGCUCAGGAAGAGCUAGCCAACCAAAGGGAGCUGGAGGAGUACGAGCGGAAGUUCAACCGUCGGAAGCACCGUGAACGGAAGCGCCACGAGGUGAAGGAGCAGGAAAGUCGCAACCUUUUGCUAUACAUUUUGCCCGCACUGAUCGUGCUGGUAGGAGUCAUUCUAUAUUUUGUGUUACUACAAUAAUGCUACUGUGGCAUCGUUUUGUUUCCGUUUUUGCCCUUUUGGAUUUGACUGAAGAGUGUGUGAGUGUUUGUGCAUGCCGGGUGAAGUGUGAUAGAUAGCAAGAUUCCUCUUUUUAGAAAAGACGAGCGAUUUUAGAAGAAUUUCCUUUUAGUUUUUGUAACAAGUCUACCAAAUAAAGAAGCAUUUUCAUACAACAUGGUUUUCGCACAAUAGAUUUUUGCAUAGCAAUUAAUGAUUAUCCAUAGCAAGCG